GUUGUGAAAUUAUGUGAUUUUGGACUGAUGAGGAAUUUGAAGGAAAAUGAAAGGACUUACACGAUGCAAGGGCAGAAGCGUGUGCCGUUUUCUUGGUGUCCGCCAGAGUCGUUGCGGCAUCGACAAUUUUCUCACGCUUCUGAUGUUUGGGCUUUCGGUGUCACGGCCUGGGAAAUAUUCAGUUAUGGGGAAGAUCCUUGGAUUGGUUGUAGGGCUAUAGAUGUGCGUUUUUAG